UCAACGACUGCCCCUCUCUACCUUACCUCACAUCACCUAUCUCUCUCCGCCGUGUUCGACAACAACACCCCCAAACCCGACCGAGCCUUAAACCACCCCAUCACCACGCCGGACCCUCCUCCGAAUCCUGCCCUCUUGAUCCGUUCUUUGCCUUUCUCUCUUUAACACCCCGAAUAGGCGCCAGUCAUGGCCUGGCAGCCGACCCCGGAGUCCUUGAGCCAGCUGGCUACUUGCCUCAAGGACUCGCUCAGCGGCUUCGACAAGAAUGCGCAGAAGCAGGCAGAGCUUAUGCUCACCCAGGCCAAGUCCUCCCCCGACAUCAACAACUACCUCGCCUAUCUCUUCUCCAGCGCCGAGCCGCCCCAGGGUGUGCAAUGUACCGCCCAAGACUACCACCUCGUGCGCUCCGCCGCCGCCAUCAUGCUGAAGAACAAUGUGCGCACUGCCUACAAGCAGAUUCCCGAGCCCAGCCUGGCCCUCAUCAAGAUGGCCGUCCCCAUGGGCAUCCAGGAUAGGAACUCCCAGAUCCGCAAUUACGCCGGUAACAUUGCGACCGAGAUCAUUAGGAGAGGUGGUAUUCUGAGUUGGCCCGAACUGCUGCCCCAGCUGCUCAGCCUCAUCUCCAACGAGACGGGCCAGGUCUCUAACGAGGGCCAGGAGGGCGCCAUGUCCGCCAUGGCCAAGAUCUGCGAGGACAACGUUAAGGUCCUGGAGCGCGAGCACAAUGGCUCGCGUCCCCUCAACUUCUUGCUCCCCAAGUUCAUCGACGCCACCAAGAGCGAGCUGCCCAAGGUCCGCGCAAAGGCUCUGACCGCCAUCAACGUCUUCACCCCGCGCAAGUCUCAGGCUAUGCUCAACAACGUCGACAACCUGCUGAACCACCUCUUCAUCCUUGCUGGCGAUCAGCACCCCGACGUGCGCCGUCAGGUCUGCCAUGCGUUUGUCCAGCUCGUCGAGACCCGCCCCGACAAGCUGCAGCCCCACAUUGCCGGUCUGGUCGACUACAUCAUCACCCAACAGAGGAGCGACGACGAGGACCUGGCCUGCGAGGCUGCCGAGUUCUGGCUGGCUGUCGGCGAGCACGAAGACCUGUGGCGCGCCCUAACCCCGUACCUCGACAAGAUCAUCCCUGUCUUGCUGGAGUGCAUGGUGUACAGCGGAGAGGAUAUCGCCCUGCUCGGCGGUGCGUCGGACGACGAAGAGGAAGAAGACCGUGAGGAGGACAUCAAGCCGCAGUUCGCCAAGAAGUCGGCCACCAGGGGCAAGGGCGGCGAGGCCUCGGCCGACCACGCCCAGAACGGCAACGCCUACGAGAAGCUGGCGAGCAUGGACGACGACCUGGAGGAGGGCGAGAUCGACGACCUUGACGACGGCGACGAGAACCCCGACGAGCGCUGGACCAUCCGCAAGUGCUCUGCCGCCGCUCUCGACGUCUUCGCGAGGGACUUUUCCGACCCUGUCUUUACCGCCAUCCUGCCCUACCUGACCAGCAAUCUUAAGCAUGAGGAGUGGCAGUACAGAGAGGCCGCCGUCCUCGCUCUGGGCGCCGUCGCCGAGGGUACCAUCAACGCCGUCACUCCCCAUCUACCGGAGCUUGUCCCCUACCUCCUCUCCCUCCUUGAGGAUAGCGAGCCCAUUGUCAGGCAAAUCACCUGCUGGACUCUCGGCCGCUAUUCACAGUGGGCGGCCAACCUCCAGGGCCCCAACCAAAAGGCCACCUUUUUCGAGCCCAUGAUGGACGGCAUCCUGCGUAAGAUGCUCGACAAGAACAAGAAGGUCCAGGAGGCCGCCGCGUCUGCCUUUGCCAACUUGGAAGAGAAGGCCGGCAAGGUUCUCGAGCCCUAUUGCAUACCGAUCCUGCAGCAGUUCGUCCAGUGCUUCGCACGGUACAAGGAUAGGAACAUGUACAUUCUCUACGACUGCGUGCAGACCCUAGCGGAGAACAUCGGCCCCGUCAUUGCGCAGCCCAAUGCGAUGAGCCUGCUGAUGCCUGCGCUGAUCGACCGCUAUCAAAAGGUCGGCGACGACUCGCGUGAGCUGUUCCCCCUAUUGGAGUGUUUGUCCUACGUGGCCAUGGCGCUCGGUUCUGCCUUUACACCGUACGCGCAGCCGAUCUUUACACGAUGUGUCAACAUCAUCCAUACAAACCUCGAGCAGAGUCUGCAGGCUACUAACAACCCCAAGUUGGACUCUCCUGACAAGGACUUCCUCGUCACGAGUCUCGACCUGCUGAGUGCCACCAUUCAGUCUCUGGAGGAAGACAAGAAGCAGGAGCUGGUCAGGGGCUCUGAGGGAACCUUCUUCGAACUUCUCAGCUUCUGUCUGGAGGACCCCCAGGACGACGUUCGGCAGUCGGCGUACGCUCUGCUGGGAGACUGCGCGAGAUACGUCUUCCCCCAGCUCGAGAAGCACCUACCCUCCAUCUUCCCCAUCCUGCUUAAGCAGUUGGACUUGGAUAACAUCCUCGAUGAGGAGAUCGACAGCGGCUUCAGCGUCGUCAAUAACGCAUGCUGGUCAGCCGGCGAGAUCGUCAUGGUCAACAGCAAGACCAUCUCUCCUUUUGUACCCGAGCUACUCCAGCGGUUCGUCGAGAUCAUCUCGAACCCUGGCGUGCAGGCCGCAGUUAGUGAGAACGCGGCCAUUGCCCUCGGUCGUCUUGGUCUCCACAACUCGGAGAUCCUCGCCCCUCUCCUGCCAACCUUUGCCGACGAUUUCUUGUCAGCCAUGGAGCACGUCGAGUUUCUGGAAGAGAAGGCCACAGCGUUUAAGGGCUUCACCCUGGUUGUGGGACAGAACCCGCAGGCCAUGGAGAAGGCGCUGCCUCAGCUCUUCGUUGCCAUCGCGAGGUACCGGGAUAUCAACCUCAAGAACCCGAUCAAGCACGAAUUGCACGAGCAUUUUCAAAAGGUCAUCAACAUGUACCGGGAAUUGAUUCCCCAGUUCAACGAUUUCGUGAACCAGAUGCAACCGCAGGACCAGCAGGCACUCCGCGCGUACUACUCCACAUGACUGGAGCAUGUGGACCCAUCUCGAAUGCGCGCGUACGAAGUCGACGUUGAACGAAGAAUCCAGGCCCAAUUGAGCGAGCUCUCUUGAUAUGAUACGGGGAGGAAAAUACCAUCGAGGCGUCCCUUACGAAUGAGUGAUGACGACGCUUUUUUUUUAGCAAGAGAGGAAGAAAAAUACAUAUCACGGGAGCGAAGAAGAAGGAUCAAAAAAAAAAUGCUUGUAAUUGGGCCACAAGAAGAAUCGCAUCGAAAGAAAGAAUCUGAUGGAAUCUCGACGUGAAGUGGUUGGCUCUUCUUCUUUUUCCGCGACAAGUGAUUCAGGGAGGAGUCAAAAUGGGGUCGUUUCCUUUCUGUUUCUCAUGCUUUUCAAUCUCGCAUUAUCGACGGAGCCAGCAUCAUGGGACGACAGGGUGUUUCUGGGAGGGACGGAGCAAUGUCGAGACAACGUUGUUCCUUGGGUAAGCGGACCAUGGUUGUGGUUCCUUGUGGAGGAUCUGAUAAUGGGGUCGAGCUGCUGCUAGAGUUCGAAAGACAACAUACUGGCUGGAGAGACGAGACCAUGAGAGAGGGAGAGGAGUUGAAGUUUAAACACGGCCGAUUGCGGGGGUUAGCGAAGGCGUCAUGAUGCAUGCGAAAAGGGACAGGGCUCGCCGUCGUAGAUAGGUAGAUAGGGUAGAUAGCUUAGCAUAGGGUUACGCCAACACGCCCCGCCGGGUGAUGGGAAUGGAGUUUUUGGCCUCUUUCUGCGA